GAUUAAUUGUUUAUAUUUUUGUGAACUUUUUGCUACUUCCACCAUAUAAAAACUUUAUUUUUUAACUGGUUAUUUCAAUAAAAUACGAUUAAUAAAUGCAGUGGAGUCCUGAAAAUUCUAAUGAUUCACAUUAGAACGCUUAUGGCUGCAUUCUAAGCGCUCCAUCAAGACGAAUUGUUUCACCAUUGAGUAAAGGAUUGUCAACAAUCGACUCAACUAGUUGUGCAUAUUCUUUAGGAUCGCCAAGCCGUUGUGGAAAUGGAAUUGUAAGAGCAAGAGCACUUCGCACUUUAUCUGGCAGUUGCUGAAGCAUUGGUGUGUCAAAAAGACCAGGUGCAAUUGUGACAAUUCUAAUUCCUUGUGAUGCAAGAUCACGAGCUAUUGGCAAUGUCAUUCCUACUACUGCUGCCUUCGAUGCUGCAUAAGCUGCUUGGCCAAUUUGACCAUCAUAUGCAGCAACAGAAGCAGUAUUAAUUAUUACACCUCUUUGACCAUCAAAGUUUGCAUUAUUUUGUCCAAUCAAACCAGCUGACAACCGAAUAACAUUAAAUGUUCCAGUAGUAUUAACGUUCAUAACUUUAAUAAAAUCUUCUAAUGUGUGUGGUGUAUUUUUUUGAAAACUGAAAGCUCUUUUGGCUAUUCCUAUUCCUGCACAAUUAACCACAACAUCUAAUCGACCAAAUUCAGAUUUUGCCGCUUCAAGUGCUUUUGAUACGUCGUUUUCAGAAGUCACAUCGGUUGGAACGAAUAUAACGUUAUCGCCGAUUUCCUUAGCGACCUCUGCACCUUGUGACGUUCCUAAAUCACCGAGAACAACUUUGGAACCGGCGCGUGCGAAUCUUUCUACAGUAGCUCGACCAAGACCACUCGAACCACCCGUCACGAAAGCAACUGCGUUCUAUCAUCAACAUGAGAGUAAUAUGCUUGAAUAUUCGACGAGGUGUUUAACCGUGAGGACAAAAUUAUCCGAAACCCAUUUGAAUAUAUUUUAACCGUUAAAUAUACCUACUUAAAUAUGUUGUUUCCAAGUUGUAGAAAUUAAAGAAAAAUUUCUUAAAUAGGAAAAUCUGGCCUCGUUUUCAAAACAUCUAUGCUGAGUUAGGUUCUUCUUAAAGGUCCUUCUAAUAAAUUUGUUUUAACAUUAGCAAUCUUCAAAUAAAUGUUGCUAUUUCCAAAAGCUUUCUGUAAAUUAAAAAUUAGCGAAAAAAGAAAGAUGAAAACUCUGCCACAGCUUUACAGCUUCUAAACUUUAUUAGUUCUUUCUCAUUGUUACAUAAUAAUGCAUUACUACUCUUCGCAUCUGACAAAUAAAAAACAUUUCUCAAGAAUUUAAUUUCUGCAAAAAAAAAUCUUAUAAUUGUAUAGAUUAGACAAUUUUGAAAAUUGAAAUGAUUAAUGUUCUGCAUAUCUGCCCAUAAAAGUUUAAUUUUAAUUAUUUUUAAUAUUAUUUUAUGUAUAUUUUCCUUGNAAUAAAAAAAUCUAAUGUCUAUUCUUUUUAACUUUUUUUUUAUUUUUGUUGAUUUAAGUGAAUAAUUGAUAGAAUAUUCAUUGUAAAUUUUAAAUUAGUUCUUUUUUUUGUUUAUUUUUAAACUUUCCUUUUUUUUCAGCAUAAUUUUCAAAAUUAUUUCCAUUUAAAAAACUUUUGUAA